AUGGAGCCCCAGGAACUUGCAAAGAAAAAUGAAGGCAGUGGAUUCUCCAAGCGGCGCAUUUCCUCAGUCGGCUUCGACACAGUGGAAGGCUUUGGGGAGAAAACAGUGGUGUUUUCCACAGAUGAUGCCUUCAUGGACAUGACCCACAGUCAAACUAUGAUCUUGGCCAGUUAUGCAGAUACUUCCCUCCAAAUCGGUGACGCUUUCCCCACUGGAGAGAAAAAAGUGAUGUUCCCUGCAGAUGAUGCAUCCAUGGAUACUGCCCUAAAUCAUACCGUGAACAUGACGAACGCGUCACUUCUCCCCGGCAGAAAGAAGGAUUUAAGUGUCAAGAGAAACAUAUCCUCCUCAAGUUUGGAUCAAGGUUUUGAAAACUUCCUGGCAAGUCUCUCUAAACCAGGGGGUCCCUCCUCUUUGGCCACUGUUGAGACAAACAACUCCGUAGCUCAUAUUAAAACACAAAAGGCUAAUGUGGACAAAGAGAAUCUGCUCCCAACGCCCGUUUCAGCCAUGAUGGAGAAGUCACUCAAUAAACCCAGGAAGUCAGAGGUAUCAUCUUAUGGACUCUGUCCAGACGUGGAUGUUAGCAUGAACUUGACUGAGGUUCAAACGGGACGCAUACUGGCGGUCACAGAUGAUGAUAAUCCAUUUCAGUGUCUUUUCCCCACACAAGACAUGUACGCCCACUCCAACAAAAGAGAAUCCCAAACAGCGGAAGUGAUGCUGAUCAAGUCUGAAGACAGGAGUCAACAGAUGCCAGAAAUGGCAUCCAUGAAGAAUCCUUCUCUAAAUGCUUCUUAUCCAAGAUGCAAGGUCAACUUUAAUGCCAGAGACGAAUACACAGAUAAAACAAUAAGAUUCACUGAAGAUGAAGAGUUUAUGGACAUGACUCAAAGUCACACCGUUGGCAUUGCCCGUGGUCCAUUGGCUCCUCAGCAAGUGUCCCCACAAGGUUUGGAUUCAGGAUUUAAGAGCUUCCUCACAGGUCUCUCAAAGCCGACUGUCCCCAGUGUUAAUCCUGUGAUUGAAAGAGUGGUACCCUUGGCUGCAGCAUCCUCUCAAAAAACUGUCAACAUGAACAGAUCCUUGUGUGAGUUAAAAACACCACUGCCUGAUGCAGGCAAAGAAAAUUGGUCUCUGAAUACAAGCCGGAGCUGUAGAGAAUCCUCUAAUGGGGGCGAGAUCUGUCCAGAUACUGACGUGACCAUGGAAAUGACUGAAACUCAAACAGGCCACAUUUUCGGAAACGAUGGCUCAGACGAUCCUUUUCAGUUUCUGUUCCCCACACGAGACAUGUAUCCACACAGUGAAAAUCUGAAGAAAGCAGAGAUGACUUCAGGACAGAAGAACAGUAAAGUACUGGGGUCAUUGAAACAUGCUGGUCUUCACACCCAGGAUAAGUCUGACCCUGAAGACGACCACAGAGAGAGGACAGUGAGGUUUUCUGCAGAUGACGCCUGUAUGGAUGUGACACGAAGUCACACUGUCAACAUCGGCACUGACUUCAGUCACAAACAUUUGGGCUCUUUGUCUUCUCGCAGAGAUAAAACGAUAAGGUUCAGUGUAAACGAUGCAGGUAUGGACAUGACCCAGUGCCUCACGGAUAAGUCUGACCCUGAAGACGACCACAGAGAGAGGACAGUCAAGAUUGAUGCUGAGGACGACUGCAAAGAGGAAUCUGCGAGGUCGUCUCCAGAUGAUGCAGCUACAAAUGUGGCCGACUGCCUCGCUGUGUAUGUUGACAGCACAUCAGCAUCAGAUUCACUUCUUCCACACCAGGAGACAAACAUUACAUCCGCUCAAGGAGAAAUGGAUUCACAUUUAACUGGGAAGAAGAGAGGCAGGUCUUUGUCAACACGCAGUCUGGAUCAUGGAUUUAAAAACUCCCUCUCUAGGAUGAGUUGCCCGUGGGUUACUCCUGUGAAAAUAGUUACUCCUGCUGGACAGCGCCCUCUAGAGGGUGCCAAUACAAAUGACCAUCUUCAGAUACAGAAGCCGGGUGUGGAUAAUUCUAAUGCUGCCAUGGAAAAUUCACAAAAUAGAACCAUGGCAGACUUUACAGAAAUGGAAAUGACCGAAGCUCAAACCGGCUGCAUUUUUGAACAAAGCUGCACGGAUGAACUCCCUCAAUGUUUUUCUUCAUCGCAGGACUCAGAGCAAACCGAGGCAAAGUCACAACAGAGCAAUGAAGCGGCAUCUGUGGAAAUCACAAACUCGCCAGAAUCUGUUGACUCGUAUGAAAUCGCGGCCAGUAAGGAACCCGAACCAAGAAAUGAAACCGCCUCAUCACAAAAGAUGGAAAGUUCCCUCAGUGCCGUUGACCAAGACUUGGAUGCGUUAGGUUCACGGAAGUCUAGACGAAUUAGUUUAGCCGACAUCCAGUCAAAGGUGAAGCGAUUGAGCCACAUGAUAAACUCGGCUCCCGAUGCUUUCGUCCUGGAAAGCUGCACGGCCACUUUGCCUCAUUUUGACGACGACUUGGACAAAACCUCAAAAGACAAAACCAAACCCCUGCCUGCAGCGGAGCCUGAACUCGAAAUGAGUUUUGAGAGUAAUGACGAAAAAACACAAGAUCAGUAUCUCACCCGAGGAGGAGAAGCCCCAGCUGCCGCCACUCCGUUUAACUUGAAGACUAAACAGCUCAUGUCAAGACUGUCGAUGGGAAGCUUUAAGCCGAAACUCCCUCAGAUAAGCAAACCCAGUGAUCCAAAAGUGCUGAAUUGUGCAGGAGAGCUCACAAGGACCAUAACUGUCAACGUCACUAAACAACUGAGUAACGUUGACAACGAUGUGAGCGAUAUAUUCGACGAAGAGCUCGACAGCUAUGAGGACGCGUCAGAAACCCUGAACCCGAGGAGUCCCAAGAAAAUCACAGAAAGGGCGAGCGAUCUGCAGGAGGCCGACAUCGAGCUUUUAGAGGAGGACGUGUUUGAAGAGGACUGCAUCAGUGCUGUCCAUGGGAAAAAGAGAGCCAUGCCAAAUGAUGAGAACGACACGGAGGAUGAGAAGAGGCUGAAAGCUUCCACAGAGGAGGCCAGUGACAUCAAUGACGUGGAAUCACAGUCUGAUCUUGUGGAGUAUGAUGGAAACCUCACUGCGGCUCCAAACAUGACGACACACGCCACCGACUGCUCCAGCAGCAGCCACACAGCCAGCAUCCGAUGUGAAGCUACGUUUGAGUCAACUUUCAAACACAGUAUGUAUGAGUCUCAGCUGGAAGACUACACAAGUGAUGCACAAAAGAAAUUGGCGGACGGCACCAUUACAGUGUUAGAGUUCUUUAAACUCUUCAACAUAGACUUUGUCAUCCACAAUCCUCGGCAAAGUGUCCUUCCUGGAAGAGUGGAAACCAAUCCUGAUCAUCAGUCUGAGAGGAAAAUAUCUCACAUCAACUUCAAACUUCAACUUAACGACGAGAAGUCACGGUGCCACGCCCGCCUCGUUCACAAACUGCUCUCUCAGUAUGUUGACAGUGAAACCUCCUGGGUGGAGAAGUACCCAACGAGUAGACACGUGCCAACGCUGCUCCACGACGUCGGCCUGGUGGUGAGUCGCUGUCGUCUGCUGGGAGAAGAAUUGCGUCUGCUGAAGAUGUGGGGGGGUCUCCAACUGGAUAUUCUGGACAUCAGCUGUGUGGACACUCAGGUGCACAUUGUCUUCAGCAGCCUCCAGAAACUUUCCAAGUUUGAGGUGGUUUUCUCCGUCGGUUUAAUCGACCACCUCUGUGUCGUUCAAGUCCAGAGCUUCAACAACGUGAUCGGGAGCACUGUGAUCCAACAGAUUGAAGAGGUGGUGGCGUCGUUCAGUCCGACCAAGAACCUCUUUACGAAGAUCGUCAAAAAGAUUCAUGAUCAUCUUCUCUGUUGAGAGCAGCAGCAGCAGCAGCAGCAGCAGCAGCAGCGGUGGUUGUUUUCCAGGGUACUGUCUGUCGUCUUAAAGCAAACACGCCUGUUAACAGUUCACUUGUAUGUUACAACAAGUCGUAACAGUCGGUUAGAAAUACUCUGGUGUUGGAAUAUGCAGAAUAAUUCAUUCUUCAAUUCUCUCGCGUGUUACUGCAGCUGUGCUCUGUCAUAUACAUAUGUAAAUACUUGUCAUGUUACUUUGUUCUCAAUGUAAAUCUGUCUCUUUAACCUCUUUCAACAUUUUCAUUAAAAAUGUAAGUUUUUCCGGUCACAUGUUUCUUGGGGGGGGGGUGCCGUUUCUAUUCGUCACCUCAAUCCUACAAAAAAAAAUGAUGAUGAUGUGAAUAAUGUGUUUUUUAUAAUAAUAAUAGAACCUAAACCGUUGUUAAGUGUUUCCAUGACGUUUGUUGAAAGCAUUUCUUGUAAAUUAGAGAUCAAAUGGAAUCGUCAGUAAGUUCCUCUCUUGCUGUUCUGUGUUCAGACUUAAGAUGGUGCUAUGGUCUUAGACACAAUUCACUGCUCAGUGAAAACUGAAUCCUUACGUUAAUUCCCCAUCACUAUGUUUACCUUUGUGUAUAUAAGUUGAGUGAUUGUUCUCAGGUUUUUCAUUUGAAGGAUUUUAGAGGCUCUCAAUGGUUAAAAUACGUUAAUUAAGUAAACAGAUUUAUUUUUUCUUUUCGUCUUAGCACCCUGGCGUUCAAGUUGGGAACUGUUCAAUAAUCAUAAUUGCAUAGAAUAAAGUUUUCACGUUUCUCAAACA